AGCGCCCACCCACCCGGCACCCCCUAGCCCGUUCCCGGCGCCUCACCACCCAAAACCGCCCAGCUCCCGACGCUCCCCCCAAUCCCGGCGCCGCACCACCCUCCUCUCGCGACGACGCUCUCCUCGUCCCGGCGCGCCCGGCGCCGCACCUUCCUCCCGAUGGGGUUCAUCACGACCGGUGCCGCCCCCUCCCUCCUCUGCUGCGGUGGUGCGGAGGGCGGAUUCGGCGAGCUCGCACGGCAUCCACGGUGGCCUCCGGCAAUCUCAUCGCGUGGCGGCCUCUGCAGCUUUGCAAUCCUUGACUACCCGUGGGAUUUUAGCGGUGCAAUCGGUGGAGGCAAUCCUUCGCGCUGUUGAUUGCUAUCCCCCGAAUCCCAUCUCCGUUGUUGCCCCUGGCACACCGCCUAGGCGAUUCUGGCGAAACCGCCGGAGCUGCUCAAUGCGGGACCUGCCAGACCCCAGACUGCGGCUUCCCCUGCGAACUGUGGUGCUGCCGUGUAAUCUCUAUGCUACAGUGCAUAGAUCUACCCAUUCUCGACCAACAUCAAGUGAAGUUCAGAUCUUUUGUCUGCCCAAAUAACUCCCUUGUUGGUGUCCCCUGGCGAAAGAGAGAGGCAGCUAGGCUGCUAACGUCAAUCUGCUGCAUGCAUCUUGGAUGCGGUUCUUUGGGUGGCAAUGGAGCUGCAGAAGCAAUGGGCCAGAGGCCUGACUCACAGGGAGGUAGGUGGUUGGGAGUAUCUUCAGCUGCACCUCAUUCUGUUCAGAUGCCAUGGUACUCAGUGAGAUUGGCUAGGCAUCAGAUGAUCAGAGCUUCAGGUUGUGAGUACUGCCUCUAAUUCGAUCCACCUACGACAUUGGGAAUGCUGCUAGGGUAUAGCAAAUUCUUAACAAAAAAGAAUCCGGUAGGAUAUGGCAAUGGGAUUACUUUUGAUCUGGCUGCUUUACUUUUCGUUUUUUUGCUCAAACAUGAUCAUUUUGUGACCAGGCCACUAGCUUUUAUGCCCAUGCAUGGUAUUAUUUGUGAUCAGGCUACUUUAGUUUUAUUUUUCAUACAUAGUAAUAUAGUAUUAAUGUGACCAGGCCAAUCUAGUUUUUAUGUUCACAAAUGGUAUUAUCAGUGAUCAGGCUAUUCUAGUUACUGUGUUCGUAAAUAGUAUUAUUUGUGAUCUACUUUAAUUUUUGUGCUAAAAAUGAUUUAUUUGCAAUCAAUCCACUUAAGAUUUCACGCUCAUGCAUGAGUUUAUUUGUGAUCAAGCCACUCUAGUUUUUGUGUUGCCACAUGGUAUUAUUUGUGAUCAAGCCAGUUAUUUUUUUGUGUUCACUUUGGAUGAUAGAGGUUCUACAUGUAGACAUGUCACUAUUUACACUGAGGAACUUAACUUUGCUAGAUUGCAUAAAUUUUCCUAGGCAUACAUGCAAAUAUUUGUGACCAGGCUAUUUAGCCUGCAAAUAACUAAGUUUUUUAUGGUUAACAUGGGAAUAUCUAUGCAUGUUAUUAUUUUGUGGUGAAGAAACUAACUCCAUGAUAGGUUACAUAUAAAUAAAUUUUCUAUUGACGCUUAACAUUAUUUAUGAUAAUGCUAACAUGGUCCAGUG